AGGCAGUAACGGUACCUAAUUUGGAAGGAAAUGGGCGUGGAGCUAUGAAGUGAGUCCCGUUAAGGAAGAGAACUGGGCAGCGUCAACGAAGAGGGUCUCGCUUCUCCUUUGUGAUACUGGAAUAAAGGGGGAAAAAUCUGUCUACAUAAGUACAAGAGUCACCAGAAGGACACACCUCAUACACCUUCAUUCAACGUCUAAAAAGUUAUUCGAUCACUCAGCACACAUCAUGCCUUUGGUGGUCUUGAAUCCUUCCCGUUUAAUGUGGGCACGUUUGACAGCUCUAGUGUUCACUUGUGUGGCAUUUAGUGUGGCGUCCCAUGGAGGAGGAAUCAGUGGUGGCAUGGCCGACUGGAGCGUGUUCUGCUGGGCUUUUAGCUUCGCAGGAACCCUGCUGGUUCUGCUGGUGGAGCUCAUGGGUCUGCAGUCUCGCGCCCCUGUGUCCUGGAGCAACUUUCCCAUUACAUUCGCCUGUUACGCCACACUUCUUUGCCUGUCCGCAUCCAUCAUCUUCCCUCUCUACUUUCUGAAGGGUGAUUCGAGCCGCGGCGAGGCCCGGGACCACCGAAUCGCCGCCACUGUGUUCUCCUGCCUGGCCACCGUGGCUUACUUCGUGGAGGUGAGUCUGGCACGGGCACGACCGGGAGAAGUUGCCGGAUACAUGGCGACAGUUCCGGGACUGCUGAAGGUUUGCGAGACCUUCGUGGCCUGCGUCAUAUUCGUGUUCAUCAGCGACCCCAUUUCUUACGAAAGUCACUCCGCUCUGAAGUGGUGCAUGGCCGUCUACUGCAUCUGUUUUGUGAUAUCGGCGGCCAUCGUGGUGUUGUGUGUCGGCGAAUGCACCGGGUGCCUGCCUUUCCCAUUUGCGCGCUUCCUUUCUGCCUACGCUCUAUUGGCAGUUCUCAUGUACCUCACUGCCACUAUCAUUUGGCCGGUCUUCAAGUUUGACAGCCGAUAUUCGGGAAGCUCAAGCCGACCAGAAUUCUGCCGAAACAGUCACGGUUUGUGCCCGUGGGAUAAAUUGGUCGCUGUGGCUGUUCUCACCGCUCUCAACUUCUUGAUCUACCUGGCGGAUCUGGCGUAUUCUGCCCGACUGGUGUUUGUCACGGCGUGAGAGAGCAAAUAAUCAUCUUUUCCUUGACGUUGAUCUUUGAAAGCCAAAGAUUUUGCAUACAGUGCUUCAAUGAGUUCAGGUUUCUGAAGCAGGAGGAAAAUAGUGAUUAACGGCAUGUUCAAGUCAUGUUAGAAAGAUCGUAUUUACGAGUUAAAUUCAUAUAAACGCCACAACAAAGUCGUAGUUACGAGUGGGAAACAGUGUUAUUUUAUUAUAAUUGAUAUACUAGGAAGGAAAAUUGAUAUCCUAGUAAGGAAAUUCAGUAUUAUCUUUGAGCCCAGAGUUUCUGAGUUGAGGGCGUUUCAGAAAAUAAGCAAUGGAUGCAGCGUAAAUGGUAAAUUUAUUGAAAUUAAUUACCCCCCCCCCCCCCCCCCCC